CCCUUUGCUCCUCCGUCAGAUCGGUUCUGGUUCUGUGCACCAUGUCCAGCUUCCCUCCGCUGCUCAGCAGGCGCCUCAGCGCCGCCGUGCUGCGUCGGAACCGGAGCGGCUCCCGCGUCUACUCGAGCUCCGCCGGGAAGAGUUCGGUCCGGAUCGGCUGCGCCUCCGGGUUCUGGGGGGACACCGCCACCUCAGUGCCCCAGCUGGUCCACGGUGGGCGGCUGGACUUCCUGGUCUUCGACUACCUCAGUGAGAUCACCAUGUCUCUGCUGACCGCCGCCAAGUCCAAGGUUCCUACUCUGGGUUACACUCCAGACUUUGUUCAAGUCGCCAUCGCGCCGUUUAUCAACGACAUCCAGCGGAAAGGUAUCCGUGUGGUCAGUAAUGCCGGCGGCGUCAACCCUCUGGCCUGCGCCGCCGCCAUCCAGGAAGUGGUCAAGAAGGCGGGCCUGGACAUGAAGGUCGCCGUGGUGACCGGCGAUGACCUCAUGCCCCACAGGGGCAGCCUGCCUGAAGUAAAGAUGGCCGACGGCGGCGCCAGACAGCCGCUGCCCAAAACCCUGCACAGCAUGAACGCGUAUCUGGGGGCCGGUCCCAUCCGCCGCUGCCUCGACCUCGGCGCCGACAUCGUGGUGACGGGUCGCUGCGUGGACAGCGCCAUCGCUCUGGGCCCGCUGAUGCACGCGUUCGGGUGGCAGAGCAGCGACUACGACCUGCUGGCAGCUGGAAGUCUUGCAGGUCACCUGAUCGAGUGCGGCGCUCAGAGCACCGGGGGAGUGUUCACCGACUGGCACCGAGUCCCCGACUGGGACAACAUCGGCUUCCCGGUGGUCGAGUGCUCCGGCGACGGCUCCUUCGUUCUGUCCAAGCCGCCCAGAACCGGCGGCCUGGUGUCCUUCGGCACGGUGGCCGAGCAGCUGGUGUACGAGAUCGGCGACCCGCGGCGGUACCUGCUGCCCGACGUCAUCUGCGACUUCAGCCGGGUGCAGCUGCAGGAGCUCGCAGGUGUGGACGGAGGCGCUGUCAGAGUGACCGGAGCUAAAGGCUUCGCUCCGUCACACGACUACAAGGUGUGCGCCACCUACAUGGACGGUUUCAGAGCGACGGCGGUGUGUCCAGUCGGAGGACUGAGGGCGACGGAAAAGGCCCGACGGACCGCAGAGAGCAUCAUCAAACGGACGAAGCGAAUGUUCAAGCAGCUGGGGAUGGAAGACUUCAGCUCCGUCAACAUCCAGGUCCUCGGAGCCGAAGACACGUACGGCGCCAACGCUUGCAGCAAGGGCUCCAGGGAGGUGGUGCUCUGGAUGGCCGUCCACCACAAGCAGAAGAAAGCUCUGGAAGUCUUCUCCAGGGAAGUGGCUCCGGCAGGAACCGGCAUGGCUCCUGGACUCGUCGGCAUCGUGGGCGGACGUCCCAGAGUGUCUCCCGUCCUGAAGCCCUUUUUCUUCUUACAUCCCAAAUCUGAGCUGACGGUGGACGUCCAUGUCGGUGGAGAACUGGUGGAGUCGCUCUCAGAGGCGGGACCAGACACACCCGAUAAGGACGAAGCCCCGCCCACCUCAGCAGAGGACGCACCUGACACAGACUUGCCCAGCGGCCCACACAGCUACAGACUGGAGGAACUGGCCUACACGAGGAGCGGCGACAAAGGCGACUCGGCUAACAUCGGAGUGAUCGCUCGACAUCCCCUCUUCUUCCCCUACCUGAAGAAACACCUGACUUCUUCUGCGGUGCAGGAAUACUUCUGCCACAUCUUUGAGCCGGGAGUGAAGAACCCCGUCACAAGAUACACUCUGCCGGGGAUCCACAGCCUCAACUUCGUCCUGCAGAGCUCGCUGGGCGGGGGAGGGGUGGCGUCUCUUCGCAGUGACCCCCAGGGCAAAGCCUUCGGUCAGAUGCUGCUGGACCUGAAGCUGAAAGGACUGCCCGACCUCAAGUCACUGGUGGACUGAGCGACGGGGUGAGAGCUGGAGGCAAAUGGAGACAUGAAAGGCACUUCGCGGGGAGACUUGAAAGACGUUUUUACCUCAACAGAAACACAAAGAUCACAAACGCCACUAAAGCACAAGAUUCCAAUCACCAAACAUGAAAUUUGGCACAGAUUGCACCCACAAUGCAAACCCAAUGGAAACACUAAGUCCAGCUUGUAGGAGCAAAUUCCCUGUUUUAAGAUUAACUUGCAGAGAAAAGUCCACCGCACUGAUAUCACCAGCAAAAAUAACCAGUGUUGUUAAUUAGCGUUCCACUAAUCAAGCCUGUUUUGUCUGAAUGAUCAGAAAUAACAGAAAACAACACUGACCUCAGUUUACCACCCAAACUGCUUUUGAAGUUUCCGUCUCCACAACAAACUGACAAACCUUGAGCUCAGCGUUUGAAAGAAUCUGUAAAUACAAUAAGACUGUGUUUCUGCAUCACCGGCUCUGAAAAGUUCUGAAAAGCUGCAGCAGGAAGUUUUACGGAUCAAAACUCUUCACAGCACGCACAAGCACGUGUUGAAGUAUUUCACUCUGUGCCGACGUGCUCGUAUUUGUUUGAUGAAAAAGCAACUGUCCAAGUGUUGAACCUUGUGGAACACCAGAGAACAUUUUAAAUUCAGAUUUCUUCUGUAGGUGAACUUCACCUGCUCUGAAAUAAAACAGUCUCGUUGUAAAUUAAAUUCUUCUUCUACGCGUGAUAGAAUCAACAGAAAGCUCCAACUCUGCUGCUUUUAAGUCGAGGAUAAAUUCUGAAUCUGGACCAGUGCUGAGGAUAAACAGCUGCAGCUAGAAGCACCUGAAAAACAACAAAGUGCCAACAUUUGUUUUAGCAUUUUUACCUCGUGUUGCUGGUAGUUUCUGGUUAAAAUGAGCGUUAACGUGAUUGUGGGAGCUUCACUGGAGGCUGGCGACCGACUGUCUGCCUUCGUCGCAGAGCUUUUUCAUCCUACAGACACACAUGUUGGCAAUGUAGGGACACUUCAGAUCCAGGCUGGAGCUCCAUGCCGGCUCAGAGGCGCUGCCCCGACCUCUGACCCCCUCAGGAACCAGGACGGUGGUUUGGGUUUCCCUCGAAGGGUAAACAGAGCCUCUGCUGUCGGAUGUCGGAGGAGACUCGGGCCCGAGGUCCGACGCCUGGUUCUCCCCGGCUGGUUCACCUCGGCGUGACCCGGCUCCGAUGUUCCUCGGCCCGCAGGAAUGCUCGUCUCCUUCCACCGAACCAACUCUGCGGCUUCCAGCCUCUUUAGUCAUAAUUGCAAACAGACUGAAGCUGCAGUCGCUCAGCAGCUUCCGUCGGGGCUCAAAUCUCAUCAAAUCCACCUCGUCUGAGUCACAUCCCCCCUUCCAGCCAACCCUCCUCCUGACGCUGCUUUUCCAACUUCUCUGACCUUUCUCAGUUUCCAGGAAAGUUCCUCUCUGACCCUCGACCCCUUUUCAAGAACUAGAUUUUAGGGUUUGUUAAAUAAAUAGAGACGAGUUCUGAGAGAACAAGAUCCACAUCAGAGCGUCUGCAGCAAACAAUAAAUAAACAGCCGUCCUCUAAACAGACGCUCAGAGGCUUUGGCAGGACCAAUCCUUCCAGGCAUGAAUUGAAAGCAGAGUUGCAUGAGGGUAAUUCAGUCACACGGGAAAAGUCAAGAUCUCUCAGCCCGUCUCUGGGAUUUAAGGGACGGCAGAUCUGAAAAGCGAGGUGUCGAAAUCAAAGCUCUAAAUUCCGGUUUCUGUGACCCCGAACUGAAAGCAGCCACAACUGUCAGCGCUUCGCAUGUAAAUUCUCAAAUAUGCUCACAUCUCUGUGAUGGAAAUGAGGUUUGAGCGCAACAGUUUGGCUUCACAUCUGCCCUGCAUAUUGCGUCCCAAGAAACAUUUGUCUUAAUUACUUGGAGAAACCCUUCAUCUCCGCUAAACAACACAGAAAAAACUCUUCCCCCAUUCGACGUCCGUGCAGACAUGUGUGAGAGGAUUUCCAAGCAAUCGCUGCUCAUUUUCUGGCAUGUUUUAGUCAUUUUGCGCUCUUUGUCAUUUUUGGCCCAAUAUGUGGGUCAGAAUCAGAAUGAGCUGCGAUUGUUGGGACUCUCCCGACUUCAUCUCCUUAUCUUCACCCACCAGGUUGGACUUUCAGAGUUUUCAGAGUUAAGUAAAUUAGGCCAAAACUUUCUUUAUCCAUGGAAGGAUUUUCUCACAACUGAAACAUCUGUGGCAAAUUUAGAUGUUGAAAUAUUUCACUCUGGCACAAAACGUUGCUGUUUGUUUGGCAAAAAAAAGCAAAUGUCCAAGUGUUGAACCUUGAGGAACACCAGAGAAGCUUGUUGAGAAAAGAAACAGCAUUUUGGGAGGAAUUUCACCUUUAAUGUAUCUGGUAGCCGUUGAGAUCCGCUAUUUUUGACCAGAUUUCCAAAAGCAGGUCCAAGAAUUGAGCCUUGACAAAUGGGUGAUAUUUAAAUAGUUUUAAAGCUACCAAUAAAAAAAAUGCAUUCUUGACGUUGGAUGAAAAACAGAAGAGUUUAGAUGUUUGGACAAACUCUGUCCAGAAACCCUUUGACUUGUUUUGGUUCUUGAAGAUGUUUCACCUCUGAUCCAAAAGGCGAACUCUGUUGGCAGGUUCCUCAGUCGGUGUACGUUUCAUUGUAUUAAAGACAGCGAAUGUCUGUGCCAAAUUUCAUGGCAGUCCAUCCAGUAGUUUUAGCCCAAAAGUGCUGAAAGUGAAAAAAGCAAGGGUCCAAGACUUGAGCCUUGUGGAACACCGGAGACGUUUUCUUCGUUGAAACAGGCUUAACUGAACCAACAGAAAGAGGAAAAAAGUGCUCUAGCUUCUCUAAGUUUGAAGAAAACUAGUUUAAAAAGUAGACUCUGGUUUUGAACUGUGUGAUUUGUUGUUUGUGCAACUUUGCCUUGUAGCGUAAACUCACGUAGACGAGUGACACAAAAACGUGUGACCUAGAAUCCUCAUGAAGCCCAUCUGAAAAGUCAACAGUUUGCAUUAAAACUCCGCGUAAAGCCUUAUUGUGCAGCCACAUGUGCUCUUUGUAUCGCUUCAUCUCAAAGCUAAACUCAGUCUUUUUUAAACUUUGAUUAAACUCUUGUAAUUAAAGAUCUAAUUGUAAAGAACAUUUUAGGCAAAAAUCAACUCACUUCUGCCUUCUUUUUGAUUCUUUUCUUUCCUGAAGUUUAAUUCUUCACCUUCACUUGCUUUCUGAAUGCAUUUCUGUACAAAAGUGAUUUUGUAGAUACUAAACCCAAAGAGAUUAAAGAUAUUUUUAUUACCAAA